CUCCCCACUCCUCCAAAUAACCCACAACCUUCACCCAUUCUCCCCCCCCCCCCAAAGCCAAGGUAUAUAAGCCCGGAAACCAGGCUUCCCGCCACAGUGUUCGCGCACAUUCAGACCUCGACGGGCAAAAGUACAGCAAAGAUGUUCGGGACAGGUGUGCAGGGCGUGGUGGUGGUGGCGCUGGUGUGGGGGGCACUGGGCUCCCCAGAUCACGGGGCCCACCCUCCCCACCCUCCCUCCGGGGGAGGAGGGUACAUCGAGGUGGCGCCCAUCGCCCCCUCCUACGGGCCGCCACCCAAGGAACAAGCCUGUUACCCCAAGUACGUGACUAAGAUCAUGACGAAGGACGUGCAGGAGACUCAGGGUCACUACGCCACCGUCAUCAAGCCCGUGCCCACUACCCAGUACGCCUACAUCACCGAGACGCUGGUCUACCCCAAGACCAUCAUACAGUACUCCACUAUGACCGCCUACGCUGAGCCUAACAUCUACACCGAGACCAAGAUCCUCUAUGACACCAAAAUGUUGACGGUGCCCGUCUACAUGACGGAGUCCGUCUAUGGCUACAACACGGCGAAGCAGUACUUCACGGAGACCGCCGCCGUCUACGUCACGCUGACGGAGACGCAGAGUUACCCCAUGACCAACGUAGUCACCAAGACCGGCUACGAGACCAAGGGUUACUACGUGACGCAGACCAAGGUGCAGCAGCAGUACCACACCGUCACCGUCACCAACCCGUACUACGUCACGCAGUACGAAACACAGUACAAGCAGGAGUACGUCUACAACACGGUGACGGAGUCUGUGAACCAGUACGUCACCAUGACGGUGUACGCCACUGUACCGGAGUACCACACAGUCACCAAGUGCUCAACUAUGAAGUACGGCUACGGCUACUAGCCCGGCCCCUGCUGCUGCUGCCUCAGCUGCUGCCCGCCAGCAGCCACGACCUCCGCCCCCCGCCCGCCCAGCCCCGGACAUCUGCUGUACGCCCGUCGCCCGCCCGCCCCGGACCACGGUCUUGCCCCAGCUGGUGCAGGACACCAGCUGGGGCAGCCUCGCCAGCUGUCGUGGUCCCGGGGCGUGCGACGAGGCCCGCCCAGCCUCGCCGCGCAGACCACUAAUAUCGGUCUUAUGUAAAUACUUUGUUUAAGUCGCCCAUUUUGAUAUCACUUGUAUAAAUAUGUAUUAAGUACAUGUAUUUAUAAUAA